GUAAGAUUUUUUGCAGGUCUAGGAUUUAUUUUAAUAUCUUCAUUUUUAUUAUUUUCAAUUAAAUUUAUAAAAUGGAAAAUGAUACUAAAGCAGAAAUAACACCAGAGAAUAUAAGCAAGGCUGAAGAAUAUAAAGUACAAGCAAAUGAAUGCUUUAAAAGACAAGAAUUCUUGAAAGCAAUUGAACUGUACAGCAAAGCAAUUGAACUAAAUGCAAGUGUUCCCGUAUAUUAUGGAAAUCGCAGUUUCGCAUAUUUAAAAACUGAAUGUUUCGGAUAUGCUUUAGAUGAUGCCACCAAAGCUAUCGAAUUAGACAAAUCAUAUAUCAAAGGAUAUUAUCGACGUGCUGCUGCGCAUAUGUCAUUAGGACGAUUUAAAGAAGCAUUGAAAAAUUUUGAAUAUGUGACAAAAGCACGACCAAAUGAUCCAGAUGCAAAAUCAAAAUAUACGGAAUGUAAUAAAAUAGUUAAAAAAAUUGCUUUUGAAAAGGCAAUAUCGGUUGAGGAAACGAAAAGAAGUGUAGCCGAAUCAAUAAAUUUAGAUGCAAUGACUAUAGAGGAUGAAUAUAAAGGCCCUGAGUUAGAGGAUGGUAAAGUUACACUAAAAUUUAUGAAAGAAUUAAUGGAAACAUACAAAAAUCAAGGAAAAUUACAUCGUAAAUACGCUUAUAAGAUACUCUUAGAUAUAAAAGAAUAUUUAAUGGCUCUACCAUCUCUAAUAGAAGUACCCAUUGGUGAUAAUGACAAAUUUACUGUUUGUGGUGAUAUACAUGGACAAUUUUAUGAUUUAAUGAAUAUUUUUGAAUUAAAUGGUUUACCUUCUGAAGAUAAUCCUUAUUUAUUUAAUGGAGAUUUUGUAGACAGAGGAGCAUUUUCAGUAGAAUGUAUUUUUACAUUGUUUGGAUUUAAAUUAUUAUUUCCAAAUCAUUUUUUUAUGGCUCGAGGUAAUCAUGAAAGUGCUACAAUGAAUCAAAUGUAUGGUUUUGAUGGUGAAGUUAAAGCUAAAUAUACAACACAAAUGGCGGAGUUAUUUACUGAAGUGUAUAAUUGGCUUCCAUUAGCACAUUGUUUAAAUAAUAAAGUUUUAGUUAUGCAUGGUGGUCUCUUUUCCAAAGACGAUGUUACACUGGAAGAUAUUAAAAAAAUAGAUCGAAAUCGUCAACCGCCUGAAGAGGGACCAAUGUGUGAAUUAUUAUGGUCAGAUCCACAACCACAAAAUGGUAGAGCACCUAGUAAACGAGGUGUAGGUUGUCAAUUUGGACCUGAUGUAACGGAAAAUUUCUUAAAAUUAAAUAAAUUAGAAUACAUAAUUAGAAGUCAUGAAGUAAAAAGUGAUGGAUAUGAAAUUGCUCAUGAUGGAAAAUGUAUUACUGUGUUCUCAGCACCCAAUUAUUGUGAUACUAUGGGAAAUAAAGGAGCUUUUAUUACAUUAAAAGGAAAAGAUAUGAAACCCGUUUUUACUACGUAUGAUGCUGUGCCGCAUCCUAAUGAAAAACCAAUGGCGUAUGCAAAUCCAAUUUUACGAUUAAUAGGUUAAUUAUAACAAUAAAUUCUGCCAUAAAUCAAAAAUGGUCCAUGUUAAAGUUAUUAGGAACAAAUUUUUAAAUAUUAUCUAUGUGCAUAGGUUUUUUUUUGUUACUUUU